UGCUCUGCUCCUGGCACCUCUCUGGGUCCGGUGGACCCCGGUCUCGCUCCAGGUGGCGUGGAUGAGGGAGUGCAAGAGGAGGCAGUCCACGUCUGACCCCUCUGGAGGACCCUGACCUGGCUGCUGAGCUCCCCUGGGACAGGGACUCCCGUGCGACUUGGUGACCAGCUCCUGAACGUGAUUGCUUCAGCAGCUUUCUUCACCCAGGCUUCACCAGGCUGGCUUGGCUUUCAAGAUCUAAGGGCAGCUGGCAGAGGUAGCUCAAAGCCCCUAGAAUACCACACCUCUGAACUGCCCGGGAUGCAGAGAGCAGCUGCCCAACAGCUGGAGGCUUUGGGGCAGCUGAGCUCCGGACCAUCUCAAGGUAACCGAGCACAGCUCAGCCUGCAGUGCCUGCGAUUCAGACUCCUCUAACAGAGAGUUAGAAGGGGAGCAUUUUCUGCAUCUUUUACUGUGAGGCUACAAGAACUUUACAUUCACGUAGAUAAUGAGCAUUCCGAAGAUGCGCCCGUUGAAAGCAGCAUGAGCCUUUACAAGCUUCCAGGAGCCUUUGGGGUAUGUAGGAGGUGCUGUACAGUCAUCCCCUGGGGAGCUAAAGGGAGACUCUGAGCCUCCGGUGCCUGCAGCUCAGCAAGCAUGGACACACACCCUUCCUGUCCCCAGACAGCUGGUGGCAGUGACAUGUCCAGCAGGAAUAGGGUUCCUCUGCUUGGGGACUUGACAGAAUGAGGUGUGCUGGGCAAGCCACCAGCCGGGACCUGGCCUCCCCCAACUGCUCCUUCACUGAGCACACAGCCCGGCACCAGUGAGCCAACGAUGGCCGGUAAGGACGACUGCAUUGCCAGCGUCUACGGAUACGACCUUGGCGGGCGUUUCGUGGACUUCCAGCCCCUGGGCUUCGGCGCGAACGGGCUGGUGCUGUCGGCCAUGGACAACAGGACCUGCCAGAAGGUGGCCGUGAAGAAGAUCACCCUGAGUGACGCCCGCAGCAUGAAGCACGCGCUCCGGGAGAUCAAGAUCAUCCGGCGCCUGGACCAUGACAACAUCGUGAAGGUUCACGAGGUGCUGGGGCCCCGGGGCGCCGACCUGCAGGGCGAGCUCUUCAAGUUCAGCGUGGCCUACCUCAUCCAGGAAUCCAUGGAGACAGACCUGGCCCGGCUGCUGGAGCAGGGCACGCUGAGCCAGGAGCACGCCAAGCUGUUCAUGUACCAGCUGCUGCGUGGCCUCAAGUACAUCCACUCGGCCAACGUGCUGCACCGGGACCUCAAGCCCGCCAACAUCUUCAUCAGCACCGAAGACCUUGUGCUCAAGAUUGGCGAUUUUGGCUUGGCCAGGAUCGUCGACCAGCAUUAUUCACACAAGGGUUACCUGUCAGAAGGGCUGGUGACCAAGUGGUACCGCUCACCGCGCCUGCUCCUCUCCCCUAACAACUACACCAAAGCCAUCGACAUGUGGGCUGCCGGCUGCAUCCUGGCCGAGAUGCUCUCAGGGAGGAUGCUCUUUGCUGGGGCUCACGAGCUGGAGCAGAUGCAGCUCAUCCUGGAGACCAUCCCUGUGAUCCGGGAGGAGGACAGGGACGAGCUGCUCCAGGUGAUGCCCUCCUUCAUCAGCAGCACCUGGGAGGUGAAGAGGCCGCUGCGCAAGCUGCUCCCAGAAGUGGACAGCGAAGCCAUCGAUUUUCUGGAGAAGAUCCUCACCUUUAACCCCAUGGAUCGCUUAACGGCUGAGAUGGGGCUGCAGCACCCUUACAUGAGCCCCUACUCGUGCCCCGAGGAUGAGCCCACCUCACGCCACCCCUUCCGCAUCGAGGACGAGAUUGACGACAUCCUACUGAUGGCCUCCAACCAGAGCCAGCUCUCCGCCUGGGACAGGUACCCCGUGAGCCUGUCGUCCGACCUGGAAUGGCGGCCCCAGGAUGCGAGCGAGGUGCAGCGCGACCCCCGCGCAGGCUCGGCGCCGCUGGCCGAGGAGGUGCAGGUGGACCCACGCAAGGACUCGCAGAGCAGCUCGGAGCGCUUCUUGGAGCGCUCGCACUCGUCCAUGGAGCGCGCCUUCGAGGUCGACUACGGGCGCUCCUGCGACUACAAGGUGGGCUCACCCUCCUACCUGGACAAGCUGCUGUGGCGCGGCGACAAGCCGCACCACUACUCGGAGCCCAAGCUCAUCCUGGACCUGUCGCACUGGAAGCAGGCGGCUGGCGCGCCCCCCACGGCCGCGGUGGCGGGGGACGCGGUGGCGCGCGAAGAGGAGCCUGCCAGCCUCUUCUUGGAGAUCGCCCAGUGGGUCAAGAGCACGCAGGGCGGCCCCGAGCGUGCCAGCCCGCCCCCCGACGACCCCGGGCGCCACCUGACCGCCUCGCCCCCAGGCCACCCCGCCCCCAGCGACGAGGGUGCCAGCCCCCAGUUCGACCUGGACGUGUUCAUCUCGCGGGCGUUGAAGCUCUGCACCAAGCCCGAGGACCUGCCGGACAAUAAGCUGGCCGAUCUCAACGGAGCGUGCAUGCCUGAGCACCCUGGCGACCUGGUGCAGGCAGAGGCCUUCUCCAAAGAAAGGUGGUGAGGGAUGAGGGGGGCGCUGGAGAUGAAGGGUCUCUCCUCGGAGCCCCACCCCAGGGGUGGGUCAGUGCCUGGGGAAGCAGGGCCUGACAGGAGCCAGCCCCCCUCCCUGCUCCCUGGGUUAGCAGACCACAGUGAAGGAUCCUAGGAGCGAGAGGAAUGUCCAAUUCCCUAAACUGCCUUAAUAACUAGCCUUUAACCUCUGGGAGUGGGUUGGAACAGGAGCCUCCCUUGGGGGCUGUCCACAGCAGGGAAGGCCUGGGUGUCUUGUGAGGGGACGAAUCAGAGCCUUAGGCCUCUGCAGGUCUUACCUGGGUGUCCGGAUAGAGGAAGCCGGCAGACAAGGCGCUGCAUCCAUCUGGCAGGAAGGACAAUGAGUCAGGCCUCAGCAACCAGCUUUGAGAUGGCAGGUGAGUCAGGGCCAGGCAAGCCUGGCAUCCCAGUCUCUUGUACCCAGGGCAAUGCCUGCCUCCCCACCAAAGUCUUUCUCUGCCAGGGCCCUCUGCCCGUCCAGUCUGAAAACCUGGGCCAAGACGUCUCUUCCCUGCCCCUUCCCGCCUGGCCUGUUCAGCUGGCCUUUCAUCAAAUCAAUGUUUCUCAUUUUCAGAAACCGGCAAGUAGCCAGGAGACAUACCCCCCUCAUCACCAAGAAAUUUUUUUUUCUGUUUCCUCAAGUGCUUAAAUGUUCUCGCCUGCUGCACCCCCAUAUUUCCCGCCCCCAUCCACCCCAUGUAGUCAGAAGUCUUGGUUUCAGGCCAGACCCUACUGGGGGCUCCAUGUACACGCCAGCCUCUCCCAGGCCAGCACACACAGCUCUACAGCACGUCCUGUGCAUUUUCCCGACACGCACGCAUGCACGCACACCCAAAGAGACGGCCCUGGGUCAUCACAGAUGAGUCCGAGGACAAGCCAUUCCAUGAAUCCCCUAGCCCCCUCCCCAGGACCCCUCAUACAUCACCACCACCCCACGCACCCAGCUCCUCUCCAAGCCUACCUUGGGCGGGCCCUCCUGUUCUCUGCAUGAACAGCCCAUGCCAAUGGCAGCCCUGAGCGUCCUCCACGAAGGAAGCACGCCACCUUAGAAGGCUUCGCCGGAACUGGGCGUGCUUCUUGAAUCCUGCCCCUUGGUUGAAGCAUCCAUUGAGCCCACCCCUGUAAGCAUCUCCCUGGUAAAGAGCACACCCUACAGAACUGUGCUGGAGACCUAGAGACAUGGGAGCAAGGAAUCCAGAAAGGAAUGGGAGUGGCAGAGUGCCACCCUGAAGGCCUGCAGGCUCAGGAACCAGCCUGGGGACCACAGGCCACAGGAAGGGAUGCCAAGCAACCUUGCCUCUCUCAGCUUAGGCCAGAAUGGCUUUGCAGCUGGAAAACUCAGAGGUCCACCACACCCAGACCCUGGGGAGGCAGGGGGUGGACUUCACCGGCCCUCGGCAAAAGCAUGGGGUGCACCAACAGUCCCCCCAAACCCAGUCCAGGGGAGCACCUUGCCAUGACCCCCACUGGAACUCAGCUCUUCUCACGCACCCUGCCCUAGAGUCCCCAAAGACACCCACAGGAAGUCUGGCCAGUCCGGAAGUAGAGGAUUCCCAAAUCCACUCACCUCGCAGCACCUUAAAUUGAAUCUGCUCACUACAGUUUGUACGCUGAAACCUGCAGCACGGUAGACAGUUACAUUUGGAAAACGCAGACCUCACCACAUUGACCACUUUUUCAACAGAAAGUAUAUAAAUAGAAAGUGUCUGGGAGCUUUUUGUUUCAUUAUUUUUUAACAAUUAAAAAAAAAGAUAGGCCGCCUUCCCCAACCGCCCGCCCCACGUGCCAUUUGCCCUGAUAGGGUGGUUUCUCUUUGUUGGUACAGGAACACACUGCUGAGGGUGACUGGGAGUUUGAUAGAUGAUGGUGGUUACAGAAGAAUUGUUAUUACUACUCAUGUUUUGAAAGGGGGGAUACAAAUCUAUUAAAGGCUUGAUCUGGACAGGCCAAAUAAAGUUUUA